GGGGCAGAGGGGCGGGGCCGCUCCCUCCCGUUUCCCAGGGUGCACCGGGCGCGGCGGCUGUCUGGCCACGUCCCCGGGCCACGUCGCUCGGUGCCCGCUGAGCUUACGCCAUCUUCGCUCCCCGGCUCCGGGCUGCGCUGCCGCCUCUGCCGCCGCCAUGAACAUCUUCCGCCUCACCGGGGACUUGUCCCACCUGGCGGCCAUCAUCAUCCUGCUGCUCAAGAUCUGGAAGAGCCGCUCCUGCGCGGGUAUUUCUGGGAAAAGCCAGCUUCUGUUUGCACUGGUCUUCACUACCCGUUAUCUGGACCUCUUCACUUCAUUCAUUUCAUUGUAUAACACAUCUAUGAAGCUCAUCUACAUUGCUUGCUCGUAUGCAACUGUGUAUCUGAUCUACAUGAAAUUUAAGGCUACCUAUGAUGGAAACCAUGAUACGUUCAGAGUGGAGUUUCUGAUAGUUCCUGUUGGCGGACUCUCGUUUCUUGUCAAUCAUGACUUCUCUCCUCUGGAGAUACUGUGGACCUUCUCCAUCUAUCUCGAAUCAGUUGCUAUUCUCCCUCAGCUUUUUAUGAUCAGCAAAACUGGGGAAGCAGAGACCAUCACUACUCACUACCUUUUCUUCUUGGGCCUGUACCGUGCCUUGUACUUAGUCAACUGGAUUUGGCGCUACUAUUUUGAGGGAUUUUUUGACCUCAUAGCUGUUGUUGCUGGUGUGGUCCAGACCGUUCUUUACUGUGACUUCUUCUAUUUGUAUGUUACAAAAGUACUCAAGGGAAAGAAGCUCAGUUUGCCAGCGUAAGUGCCAAAAAAACCAUCACCAGCAUCUGUCCUUUUGGAUGCUUGGACAGAACAAUCCUUAUCACAAGCAAAGGUGAAGAUGCUUGAGACAGAAAGUCAGAAACACAGCUCUUUAUAGUGCAGGUAGUCAUCAGCGGCUCUGUAAGAACGGAGGAAAAACAACCAGCAGAUUUCUGUUUGAUGCAUCUUGCCUUUAUCUUUUUUAUUACUAUGUAUAAAGAUUUUUUACAUAAAGAAACUUAUACUGUAUUAAAAAAUUCAGUGUAUGGUUUCAAUUGGAAUAGUUCCAAAAGUGAGAUUUUUGUGAGAUUGUUAUGAGGAACAAGUGCAAACUUUUUUUUUAAUUUUCAAGAAUUUCAUUGAAAUGACUGAUUUUUUUUUUUUUGUUUUGUUUUUUUCAGUGCACAGAUAUGUGCAUCCUUGAUGGAUGGUAGUCAUCUGUUCUUUCCCUUUGAUUCAAUUUUCAUUCCACUAUAUUUAUUUUUUUCCAAAAGGUGAAUAUAUGUCAACUCUAAAUCUGAAACCACCACUGUUUGAUGUGAUGUGCUGGUGCCCAGUCUUUGUGCCAUCUGCUGACAUGGAGUUCCUUAUUUGAAACAUACGUUGGUUCCAGAGGGGGAACAGUCACAUUUUGUAGUUGUUCCCUUUCUAAAACAGGCUGAUGGCAAGAAGGCAGCAGGAAAUCUCUCGAGGCCACAGGGAUGGGCCCUCUCCUGCUUUGCCAUGAUGUUUGGGAAGGCGAUCCCAGUGAUGAAAGCACUUGGCAGCACAGCUUGCGAAGGGUGAGAGAUGCAGCUGUGUUGCUUAGUGACAGACGUUUGUAAGUUCAGGUUUGGUUGUUCAGGAAAAGAAGGUUCAAUAUCUCGGGUGUACAGCCCUGUUGCACCAUUGUGGCUGCAGAAAUGGGAGACACGUAAGUUGAUUACAGUAAUCUGUAGGCGAUCAUUUUAAACUAUCUACAUUUUUGUUUUAAUGAAUGCUUCGUAAGCAACUUCCAUGUUCAGCUUCAAGUGGUUUUUGAUGUCACUUUUGGACAAUUAAUAUUUUUUUUAUAAAUUUUUUCAAAAUCAGCAGCACCAGUUACCAUUCUUUAUCCUUUGAAUGAUUCCCUUUUUUUACUGAGCUGUUGCAUGAUUUAUCCUGUGUUACCAUCCUUAAUAAACACUUUAUGAAAUGGUGAAAA